AUGAUCAAUAUCUUAAGGUAACAGACCAUAGAAUCGAUAAGGGCUAUUUUAGUGAUCAAUAGAAUAAGCAAAAGAAAAAGUAAAUGCCCGUUGACUUGAAUUCACUCACGGUAGAGGAGGGGUAUGUUGUUUGGUGUGAGCGCAUUCGCAUGCUUUUUCAAACACCUUUUUCUCCUUGUGAUCGUUACCGUACCGACCCUUAUGAACGGGUCUAUUCAGGAAAACAUACGAGCUCCGAGGAAGGUCCAUCCUCCGAGGCUUUCCUGCAUUCCUCCCCCCCAUCAAACACGCCUGACGACGUCGAGAACGUGGACCUUUCGACGAAGAAAGAGGGUUUCUCGGGUGCGGAGGACUCCGCAUCGACUACUUAUUAUGACCAGAAGCUAUAUCCAUUUUGCUUCUAUAUGAAAAUGCUCCAAACCGCGCGCGAAGUGGAUUCCUCCCGUCAGCCCCACAAGGCGCACCCCGAGCUCGACGCCUUCAACGCGGCGGACGCCGCCGCGGAUCGCCUGGCGAUUAAACUACGCAAUGAAGCCGCGCAAAUGCGAAGGCAAAACGACGCCGAGUCGCGCCGGACGGAGUCGGGAUGCCGAAAGGGGGUCCAAACGAACGCGAGGUGGCGUCCAGAUCCCACGCCAUCCCGUGAUCCGACGUUGGAGGCGAUGUUGUCCGCCAUGCACGACGAUAUGACGGAACUACUGCUCUACGCCAACAAUAGAAAUCGGGCCUCGCACGAGCUGCAAUCUCAGUUGGCGUAUAGCAAACGACUCCUGCUUCGAUAUUCUGCACCCGAUGAAGACGAUUGUUUGAUAGAUAAAAGUGAUGGCUAGCGACUUUGAUACACUGACUGCUAUAAAAGCCGAACUGAUCAAAACAAAA